CAACUUGCCUCCAUUUUGCUCUCGUAUGUAUGUGUGCGUGCGCAGUGUUGGUGUAAACUGGAGAGACAACAGAACCGAAAGCGGAGGCGCUGAGAAUUUUCUACAGAAAUGGACGGCAUCAGCGAUGUUACAGUUGGAGUGAAGAGAGGAUCAGACGAGUUGAGUAUGUACAACAGUCCCAACUCUGGCAUGAGCAGUAUCAGUGACGUGGCUUCCAAUGGCAGUGACAGUAAAAAGCUGAGGGUGGAGGAGGCCCCACCGUCUCGUGUACUCCACAUCAGGAAACUACCCAACGAGGCCUCAGAGACUGAAGUCAUCGCCCUCGGCUUGCCUUUUGGCAAAGUCACCAAUAUCCUCACACUGAAGGGAAAAAACCAGGCGUUCUUGGAGAUGGGGACAGAAGAGGCAGCCAUCACGAUGGUUAACUACUACACCACUGUAACGCCUCAUGUCCGCAAUGUCCCUGUCUUUAUUCAGUACUCCAAUCACAAGGAACUCAAAACUGAUGCUGGCAAUCAGCGGACCCUGGCGGUGCUUCAGGCCGUGUCGGCAGUCCAGUCUGGUGGUUCACCAAGCUCAGAUGUACAGGAAGCUCUUGCUGCUGCCUACAGUCCUGUCCUGCGGAUCAUCAUCGAUAACAUGUUCUACCCCGUAACGCUGGAUGUACUGCAACAGAUUUUCUCCAAGUUUGGCUCAGUCGUGAAGAUAAUCACAUUCACCAAGAACAAUCAGUUCCAGGCCCUUCUGCAGUUCGGCGAUCCUGUCAAUGCACAGCAGGCCAAACUGGCACUGGAUGGUCAGAACAUCUACAAUUCAUGUUGCACGCUGCGUAUUGACUUCUCCAAGCUGGUUAAUCUAAAUGUCAAGUACAACAAUGAUAAGAGUCGUGACUACACCCGACCUGAACUGCCUGCUGGGGACGGCCAGCCCAGCCUCGACCACACGGUGGCCGCUGCCUUCAGCAAAGACUCCAACUCCCUCCUCGGUAAGAUCCCAGGAGCCUUGAACCCUCUGAGUGCGGCAGCAGCGGCUGCAGCUGCUGCGGGGAGGGUGGCCCUAGCUGGACAGGCGGGGUCCAGUGGGGUCCUGCUGGUCAGCAACCUCAAUGAGGAGAUGGUUACGCCCCAAAGUCUGUUUACCCUCUUCGGAGUGUAUGGCGAUGUCCAGAGGGUGAAAAUUCUUUACAAUAAGAAGGACAGCGCUCUCAUUCAGAUGUCAGACGCCAACCAGGCGCAGCUAGCAAUGAGCCACCUAAAUGGCCAAAAGAUGUAUGGGAAGAUAAUCCGAGUGACCUUGUCCAAGCACCAGACAGUGGCGCUGCCUCGUGACGGUCUGGACGACCAGGGCCUGACCAAGGACUACGCCAACUCCCCACUUCAUCGCUUCAAGAAACCUGGCUCCAAGAACUUCCAGAACAUCUUCCCACCAUCUGCUACCCUCCACCUCUCCAACAUCCCACAGGACGUGACAGAGGAUGACCUGCGGCUGCUCUUCUCCAAUGCUGGAGGCACUGUGAAAGCAUUCAAGUUUUUCCAGGAUCGCAAAAUGGCUCUGAUCCAGAUGUCAACAGUGGAAGAGGCUAUCCAGGCCUUGAUUGACCUUCACAACUACAACAUGGGAGGCAACCAGCACCUGAGAGUCUCCUUCUCCAAGUCCACCAUUUAAGAAUCUGACCCACAAACUCCUGACAGUACCAGGGUUCACUGUCUCUGAGCUUGGUGCUCAGAAACCUUUCAGACUGUGUCUGGACACUGGGGGGGGGGGAUUGAAUCUGUUUUGUUGUUGGAGUUUUGUUGAUUGUGUCAUUCCUCAAGAGAGACUGAAACUUUUGACAUUUUUUAAAGAGAACAUUUCAGUAUGUUGCAGAUACUGGAUCCUCCCAGCUAUUAUCUGCACCUCUGUAUUUUUAUGGCAAGCAAAAUGUUGACAUGAUGGAUUGUCCUCCUGUAUGAGACUUUGAUGUAGAUCAGUGUUUAAUUCUUGAUUAGUUGAAAAGAUACAUUACUUAUGUGCCUUACUUGACAAUAUCAACUGUUUCUACAGCUGGACAUGUUCAUGAAUUACCCUGCUAUGCUUUUUGAGGCACAUUGGUGUUGGAUAUUUUUGGGGCUUAGUGAGAGUGCAAGCUGUUUUGUCAUCCUCUAUACAUUAUUACAGUUUUUGAAGCACUGCCACCAACCAGGCGUAGCUUUUGUUUCCUUUUUUAGUUUAGCAACAUGUAAAAUAUUUUAAAACAGCCUGUGACAGGCAGUUUAACUUGAAUUCCAUUAUUCCACAUGUUCAUUACGAGAUUAUUCUCCCCCAGUUUUGAAUUCACAUAAUGUCACAUAUGACAUGACUUGUGCUGAAGUAUUCCUUUAUCUGUGUUUUUGAAGCCUUCUGUGCUUCUUUUUUUUUUGUAAUUGUCAGUGACAAUGGUUUUCUAAGCAUGAAUAGUUAUGAUAGGAUCUCACAUCAGAAAGUGUUGCAUGCUGUGGAAGCAGUUAGAUGAGUCCACUGUGAUUUCAUUGUCAUAUGACAGUUUACUCGAGAGGGCUACUCAGUUGGACCAAAGUUUCUGUGCCUUUUAGUGUUCCUUUAAUUCAUUUUAAAUAACAAAAAACAAGCAUUUGAAAACACUGAAAUGUUUUAUUUCAGGGACAAAUGCCAAGAAGAAGUGUUGAGUUAUUUCCCUUUUUUUUAAAACCCAACAGGACCUCUUGACUCGAGAUGUUUGCUCAGAAAUAACAGUUAUGUAUAUUUUUUCUUCCAAGUCUGAUUUUAUACAGCUCAAAAUGUAAGGAUUUGGUAUAGUUCUGAAGAGGCACAAUUAAAAGAUGAAUUAUUUUCUAACAAGGGGAGGUGCGACUUGGUUUCCUGCUUUUUGAAUUUUCCCUCUCAUGGUCUCUCGUGUAUUCUGCAUUACGUCUGUAGCAUGCCUAAUAAAACUAUUCUGUAGCUCUGCA